AUGACGGACGAUUACUCAGAACAAACAAGCCAAAAUCAGGUUGAAGAAGAAGAAUAUUUAAACAUCAACGAGGUCGAGGAAGAAGUUCCAGAAGAUGAUGUAAACGCACCAGCACCAGAAGAUGAUGAUGACGCCGAUAUGGACGUUGACGGUGAAGAAGACGGUGAGACUUUAGAGAUAGAUAUGUCAAACAAUUCAUGGGCAUAUUUUGACCAACAUAAGGACUCGAUUUUCACUAUUUUCAAGCACCCUACCUUACCAAUGGUUGUAACAGGGGGCGGAGACAAUACAGCAUUUAUGUGGACCACACACACACAACCGCCACGUUUCGUCGGUGAAUUGCAAGGCCACAAGGAAUCAGUCAUCACUGGUGGUUUUACCCAUGACGGGAAAUACGUCGUUACUGGGGAUAUGAAUGGUUAUAUCCAAGUGCAUAAGUCAACAAAGAAUGGUCAAAAAUGGACCAAGUUUGCUGAUUUGGAAGAAGUUGAGGAAGUCUUGUGGAUUACCGUACACCCAAGUUUGCCUUAUUUUGCAUUCGGAGCUAACGAUGGAUCUGUGUGGUGUUACCAAAUCGAUGAAUCCAGUAAUUCACUUGUGCAAUUAAUGUCAGGUUUCUCACACUCAUUAGAAUGUAACACUGGUAUAUUUGUAAACACCGACAAAGGUGAAGACGAAUUAAGCUUAGUCUCCGUUUCUGAAGAUGGUACCGUUGUAAACUGGAAUUGUUUUACUGGUGCCGUCAACUACAGAUUGCAACCAUAUGACGACUUCAAAGGGGUAGAAAGUCCUUGGGUCUCUCUUAAGGCUUACAAGAAUGUUAUUGCCAUUGGUGGACGUGAUGGUCAAUUGGCUAUAAUAAAUAAUGACGCAGGUAAAAUUGUUCAUACCAUUAAGACGCUUGAAAGCGCUGAAGACGAAGCAGAAUUGUCUAUCGAAGCAUUAUCCUGGUGUACUGCACCACUGAUUAACUUGUUGGCCGUAGGUUUGGUCUCCGGUGAUUUAUUGUUGUUUGAUACCUUGCAAUGGAGAUUACGUAAAUCCGUCAAAAUAGACGACACUAUAACUAAAUUAGAAUUCGUUGAGGGAACUCCAUACUUGAUUGGUUCUUCAAUGAACGGUAAGAUUUAUAAAUGGGAUGCUAGAACGGCCGAAGAAGUGUUCGUUGGUGUCGGUCAUAACAUGGGUGUUUUAGAUUUUACUGUGUUGGAAAAUGGAAACAAAUUAAUAACUGCUGGUGAUGAAGGUGCUGCCUUGAUCUUUGUAACCCAACAGUAA